AUGAACAUCAGUUACAGGAGCAAGGGCCCUAUUGUGAUGACCCACUCCCGGAGAAGGAUGGAAUCUGAUGGAUUCCUGAGAGCUCUGGGGGAAUUGCCAGGCGACAUGGCCGGUGCUCCUGUUGAGCUUCUGGCCUUGCUGUGGAAUGGCACGAUCAAGCGGAUCACCAACAUGAUUGCUCCCAAGUGUCCUCGUCCAGGUGGUAGAGCCCAUCCAGCUGUGUGGUUUAACAGGGAUCUGUGGGGUGCUCGAGGCCCAGAUGGACCCAUAGGUGAGCUGGGGUCCCGAGGUGCCAAGGGUCAAACCGGCCCCCCAGGCAAGUCGGGACCAGAUGGGCUACAGGGAAAGACAGGAGAGAUGGGAGAGGCGGGACCUCGUGGCUUCCCCGGUAUCCAAGGACCCUCGGGACCCCAAGGAGCGAAAGGGCCUCCAGGAGACCUGGGGCCUCAGGGAGCUCGAGGUCAAGCUGGUCCUCUGGGAGAAAUUGGACAUAAGGGACCCCCUGGUUCUGCAGGGCAACGUGGCCUUCCAGGUGAACCUGGCAUGAAGGGUGAUAUUGGACCGCUUGGGGUUCCUGGAGAACAAGGCCUCAUUGGUCAAAGGGGGGAGCCAGGCUUAGAAGGUGACAGCGGCCCACUUGGACCAGAUGGACUUAAGGGAGACCAAGGAGAACCAGGACCGGAAGGGGAAAGGGGAGAGAAGGGUCAAGAAGGCAUAAAAGGAAAAGAAGGACCCCCUGGAUAUCCUGGAACUUCUGGUGUACGAGGACCAGAAGGAAAACCAGGCCAGCAAGGGGAGAAGGGCAAAACCGGCCCAAAGGGUAGCAAAGGCAAUCAGGGGCAACUUGGAGAAACUGGCCCACCUGGGAAGACGGGACCAAUGGGGACUCAAGGACCAAAAGGAUCCAGAGGUACCCUGGGAGCUAUGGGUGCCCCCGGCAGGAUGGGUGUUCAAGGGGAGCCUGGUUUAAAAGGCUAUCAGGGGCAUGCAGGAUCACCUGGCCCGAUUGGACCACAUGGACCCAAAGGUGAAAAGGGAGAACAAGGGGAUGACGGAAAGUCAGAGGGCCCUCCUGGACCACCUGGAGACAGAGGUCCGGCUGGUGACAGAGGUGAUCGUGGGGAGCCGGGAGACCCUGGUUAUCCUGGCCAAGAAGGCCUGGAUGGAGAGAGAGGAAAGCCUGGACAGCAAGGGUUACCAGGGCAUCCAGGACCAGCAGGGCAACCGGGGCCAAAAGGAUCCAAAGGCCAGCAGGGUCAGAAAGGAAAGCAAGGACUGCGGGGCACCUCUGGCAGCAGAGGCUCGCCGGGUCUUGUCGGGUUACCAGGUCCCAGAGGAGUGGUUGGAAGGCAAGGGCAGGAAGGAGCUUCUGGAAUCGAUGGGAUACCUGGGAAAGAUGGCAGCGCUGGGCUAAAGGGAGAACAAGGCGAUGACGGGGAAGAAGGCACGCCAGGAAUGUCUGGGAAAAGAGGGAACCCGGGAGUGCUUGGUCUCCCGGGAGCUCAGGGCCCCCCAGGAUUCAAGGGGGAAAGUGGAUUACCUGGACAGGCAGGCCUGUUGGGGAAGCGAGGACCACCAGGUGGAAUGGGGCUCCCCGGAAGCCCCGGAGAGCCCGGACCAAAGGGACAACCAGGAGACUUUGGUGAAUCAGGAUUUCCAGGGAUCGUGGGACUGUUUGGGCCAAAGGGACCCCCUGGAGAUUUUGGGUUCAAGGGAAUUCAAGGCCCGAAAGGUCCACCAGGACUCAUGGGGAAGGAAGGUGUUAUUGGACCACUUGGAAUUCUGGGUCCAACAGGAAGCCCGGGCCCCAAAGGAGACAAAGGCAGUCGUGGCGAAACGACCUUCUGACCCUCAAGUCCUGUGUACUGUCUGUUCGGACUGACAGAGGUUAUCCCAGAUCUCAAAGUCUUUUCUUGCU